CAAAGUACACACAAUCACAAUAAUAGAACAAAUUGAAACGUCACAUAAAAAACACUCGAUUUAAAUCGAAUCCCAUCGACCGAAAUGUAGUAUGUCUGUUUGCUCUUCGUUUGCAACACAUACACAUGACUCGCGCUAAUCAGAGCACUCGUUUGUGUACGACCGAAAUUGAAAGAAUCAAAAGAAAAAUAUUAAACAGAUGAAUAAAUAAAGUCAACACACGGCUAGUAUGAAUCGAGUUUAAUUCAAUCUCUGUGUUUGAUUGAUUAACAAUCCCCCAUUAAAGUGUAAAUGUGCAAAGUGUGUGUAUGCUCAGUGAAUUAUCGUGCUCAAAAAAAUUUUUAGCGUGUCAAAAAAGCGAUUUCAAAUGAAACCAUUUUCAAAACGGGGAGAUUCCGAUAAAAAGAGAACAGAUACAGACAACAAAAAGAAAAGAAGAAAUUAGCUCAAGAAGAGAGCCGAAUUAACAAUAGCAUAUUUCACAUAGUAACAAAUAUGUUUAAUUGCUUGCUCAACGUGUGAAAAGAAACCCAUCACAAAAAACCUCACAAAAAAAAAGUCCAUUGAAACAAAGUGAUUGCAAAUUGCAAUCGAUUUAUUGGUUUAAUUUCUGUGGUUUUCCUUGUGGCAUUGAUUCGAAAUAUAACUACAUUAGCAUCACAGAAUUCGUUUUUGGAUUCGUUGGUUAUGAAAAUUGUUGUUGAACAAAAAGGAAAACGAAUUAUUCCCAACGCGGAAACAACAACAACAACAAAAUUACUUGGAAACUCUGGGGCGAAUAAAUAAAUUUGCAGAAGUUUUGUGUGUUUGUGUGUGCGCGCGUGUAUAUAUUUCUGUUUCUAUAUAGAUAAUGAAGUAGCAUGUUACGAAUGGCAUGCGAUUAUUAUAAAUAAUUGAUUAUUAUAACUCUCAUAUGAAAACCAAUAAUGUUAUUGGAACAAGCAAAGCAAUUAAACUCAGCAGCUUAUCUAUGUGAAACGCAAUCAAAAUGCGAACGAAAAAGCCAUUUCUUAUCGCAUUAUUCCUAUGUGCGUGGACAAUUGUGUCCUAUUAUUUGUUGAUACGUCAAACGGAUUCCGGGAAUAAUGUAAGACCUGGUGAUUUGGCACAUCCACGACGUCAUCGUGAUGAUUUACUCAGGCAAUUGAAUCGUCUUGAAACGAACAUCCAAGAAGAAAAUUUGGCACACGAACAAUUGGUGAAGACACUACUCGAAGUGGUACAAUUAAAAAAUCAAAAGGAUAGCGGUGUUGUACCCGUUCAGGCACCAUUUUCUCUGCAUAAAAAUCAAACAAACAGCGUCAACAAUGCAAUUGUUGACAAUUCAAAAUUCAACGAGGCCAAAGCACAUCCGAUUCGUGAUGGUGAAAUCAUCGUUAGUAAUUUAAAUGCACCAAAUAUUGACAAUGAGCACAAACCAUCGAACAUGGAAUUACUGUCGGACGAUAUUGAUGCACCGAUUCUAAAUCGGUUAAAAGAGCUCAAUAAACGUGAUCAUGACUUCAAAGGGCCAAUUAUACCUGUUCUAGUUUUCGCAUGCAAUCGCAUAUCAGUGCGCAAUUGCUUAGAUGAUUUGGUUCGAUACCGACCCAACUCUUAUCAAUUUCCCAUUAUUGUGUCACAGGACUGCAAUGACGAACCCACCAAAAACGUUAUCGAAUCUUAUAAAGAGGUUACAUUUAUGCGGCAACCCGAUCAAAGUGAUAUUUUCGUUUUACCAAAAGAAAAGAAAUUCAAAGGAUAUUAUAAGAUUGCCCGGCAUUAUGGAUGGGCACUCAAUACUACAUUCCGAGCUGGUUUUGAGUAUGUCAUCAUUGUCGAAGAUGAUUUAAACGUGUCACCGGAUUUCUAUGAAUAUUUUUUGGGAACACAUGAACUUCUGAAAAAUGAUUCAACAUUAUGGUGCGUUUCUGCAUGGAAUGACAAUGGCAAGAGCAGUAACAUCGAUGUAAACAGUCCAGAACUACUUUAUCGCACCGAUUUCUUCCCGGGACUUGGUUGGAUGCUUAAGCGUGAUUUAUGGAAUGAAUUAUCGGUGAAAUGGCCUAAAGCAUUCUGGGAUGAUUGGAUCCGACAACCACAGCAACGAAAAGAUCGAGCCUGUAUUCGGCCAGAAAUAUCGAGAACUCGAACAUUUGGAAAAAUCGGCGUAUCAAACGGAAUGUUUUUUGAUAAGCAUUUGCGAUAUAUUAAACUCAACACAAAAGUAGUUGAAUUCACCAAAAGAAACUUAACCUAUUUGUCAAAAGACAUAUACGAUAAGCAAUUUUUGAAUCAUGUGUACAAUUGUCGGGUGGUCACAUUUGAAGAAAUACGACGUAACUUAGUGACGACAAAAGGUCCUGUUCGAAUUCAAUACAAUACCAAAGAUCAAUACAAACGAACUGCAAAAUUGCUUGGCUUAAUGGAUGACUUUAAGAGUGGAGUUCCUAGAACCGGUUACAUGGGUAUCGUGUCAUUCUUUUACAAUAAUCAACGUGUCUACUUGACCCCAAAUCGAAAUUGGAAAGGUUACGAUCUCACUUGGAGCUAACGAUCCGAAGCCAAACAAUAACCCUAUUUUAUGUAGUAUACAAAUUAAUAAUGCAUCUUCAAGAGAACGAUAGCAUGAGCAAAAAGAAACAAAUUAAUCUUUAUAUUUUGGUGCUUAAAACAGAAAGAAAGAUAUCAGGUCCAGUUUUUGUCUUCACAUUUUUAGUUGCAUUUUCAUUUGAAAAAUGCAUUUUAUUUAAAUUAUUAUUUAUUUUGUGAGAUUUAUCAGUCUCCAUUCAAUUAACUGUAUAAUUUGCUUCAUACUAUAUGAAAAAAAAUAACGAAUAUUUCAAGUAGAGUUGCUUUUCCACUAACUCUUAUAAAUAAGAAGAUGAAAAAUAAAUGUCCUCCGAAAUAAACCUUCGAACAAAUCACAGAAAAAAAAGACACAUUCAGAUUUAAACAUAUACCGAUACACACUGAAUAAAGAAAAUACUGAAAAAAGUUCAUGUAAAUAUUAAACAUAAUUUAUAAAAUAAUUUCACAAGCUAACUAACCAACUACAAUGUAAACAUAUGUUUUUAAUAUUAUUGUAUUCUGUUUGGGUGUGUCGGCAAUUGAAAAACUUCUUUUUUCGACAUUCUUUUUUAUACACUUUCCAAAAGCAACUACCAAAAUUCUUACGUCAUAUUUGAGAAUCGUGGAACUUUUUCUCGGCGAUUUUUCUCAUUUUAUGAAGCUUUUGAAAUAAAAAAGCAACAAGAACAAUAUACAAUACAUAAUAUUUAGAACAAAAACCACCAAAUAAACUAACUACACAGACGGACUAUUAAAAAUAGUGAGAGAGAGAGAGAGAGAGAGAGAGAGAGAGAAAUUUGAAGAAGUUGGAAAAAAACAAAUGCGAACAAAUAGAAUUGUACAAAAUAAUGGACUUUGUUCUUUGUUUCGACAAAUGAAUAUGCAAUAGAGUGGUUCGAUUUUGACAUUUUUUCAAGCAUCAAAAAUCGUAGCCCUAUAACCUCUGUAGGAAUGUCAUAGAAACAUGACUAUAACAUCGAUUUCGAAAAAAAAUGAUUUUUGGUGAUGCGCGGCUCCAGGCGGUUUCUUAAAAAAAUCAAAUUUUUAUGAAUUUUGAUGAAUUUUGAGCACUUUGAAAAUUCAACAAAAAAUGGUCCCCCGGGGUGUUUUUGGCACGAGAUAACCGAUUCUGGCCUUAAUUUUGUAAUACAAUUAAUAUUCGACACUUUUUUCAUGAAAAAAUCACAAAAAAUUGGAUUUUUGUAUGGUACCACGCAUGUUUGAUGUUGUAAUGAAUGAAAUUUCCUCAAAGUUGGCCAGAUUAUGUAUUUUGGUGAGAAAAUAAGAUUCACAAGUUUUCACUGUGAUUUGAUUGCUGCAAAAAAAAAAUCUUUCAAAAGCGAGGUAAAAGUCAUAACAACCCCUUUAUACGUGUUGUUUUCAAUACCGUCAAUUUUAUGUAUUUCAAGAAUAUUUUUAUGAAAAAAGUAUAUAUUUUUAUCAAAAAAGUGUCGAAUAUUAAUUGUAUUACAAAAUUAAGGCCAGAAUCGGUUUUCUCAUGCCAAAAAAACCCCGGGGGACCAUUUUUUGUUGAAUUUUCAAAGUGCUCAAAAUUCAUAAAAAUUCAUAAAAAUUUGAUUUUUUUUAAGAAACCGCCUGGAGCCGCGCAUCACCAAAAAUCAUUUUUUUUCGAAUUCGAUGUUAUAGUCAUGUUUCUAUGACCUUCCUACAGAGGUUAUAGGGGUACGAUUUUUGAUGCUUGAAAAAAUGUCAAAAUCGAACCACUCUAAUAUGCAAUGAAGUAAUUUUUAGAAUAGUUUUUAAUGCCUGUGAAUUCGAUGAAUCGAAACAAGGGUAGUAAUUAGUUCAAUUUGUAGAUGAGAAACUUUGCGUUUGCCAAAAAAACAACAACAUUUAAUACAGAUGGAAUGAAUAAAAGCGGAAAUCGAUAUUCCACACUAUUCCACACGACACGACUACGAUUCUUUUUUUUAGUUUAAUUUAUUGUGCAACUGUAACUGGCUUACAGUAUCAAUUAUUCUUUUGUUUUGUCUAUGGUUUUUAUUUUAUUUUUAAAUACUGUAACUUAUUUUAAUUUGACGCUUUGUCGUGCGAUAAUUUAUAAACAUCAAACAAAAUAUACGAACCGAUCUAAA